GCGGGGAGUGGGCCUUUGGGUGACCGAGGGAUUCGACGACGCGGAGGGCGGGUGAUUCCCAGCCGCGCCAAAGCCCUGGGCUCCGCAGAAACAAUGGCGGAGGAAGAAGGUGACAGGCCGGGGUCCUGCGCUGCAACUGUCCCCCCAGGACCAGCUACAGAACUGCGCCAAAGAAAAAAGCCAAAGUCUUCAGAAAAUAAAGACUCUGCCAAAGAAGAGAAAAUUGAUGACACUCCCAUUCCUGAAAGAGCUCCAAAAUAUGUAUUAUGUCAUCGCUUUGCAAAGAUUUUCAUUGGCUGUCUUGCUGCAGUUACUAGUGGUAUGAUGUAUGCUCUCUAUUUGUCAGCAUACCAUGAGCGGAAAUUCUGGUUUUCCAACAGGCAGGAACUUGAACGGGAAAUCACAUUCCAGGGUGACAGUGGCAUUUAUUACUCUUAUUAUAAAGAUAUGUUAAAGGCACCUUCAUUUGAAAGAGGUGUUUACGAACUAACACACAAUAACAAAACUGUAUCUCUGAAGACUAUAAAUGCAGUGCAACAGAUGUCUCUAUAUCCAGAACUUAUAGCCAGUGCUUUAUAUCAAGCAACAGGUAGCAACGAGAUUAUUGAGCCAGUAUAUUUUUAUAUUGGUAUUGUUUUUGGAUUGCAAGGAAUAUAUGUCACUGCUUUGUUUGUUACAAGUUGGCUAAUGAGUGGAACCUGGCUAGCAGGAAUGCUUACUGUUGCAUGGUUCAUCAUUAACAGGGUAGAUACAACAAGAAUCGAAUACUCCAUUCCUUUGAGAGAAAACUGGGCGCUACCAUAUUUUGCAUGCCAAGUUGCUGCACUUACAGGCUAUUUAAAAAGUAACUUAAAUGCUUAUGGAGAGAGGUUUUGCUACUUGUUGAUGAGCGCUUCAACCUACACGUUCAUGAUGAUGUGGGAGUACAGCCACUACCUCUUGUUUCUUCAAGCAGUAUCUCUGUUCUUGCUGAACAGUUUUUCACGGAAGCUCAGUGACAAGAUUCAUGAAGUUUAUAAAAUCUAUAUAUUUUCUCUAUUUCUGGGAUAUUUACUGCAGUUUGAGAAUUCAGCUUUAUUGGUAUCUCCUUUAUUGAGCUUAAUAGUAGCUUUAAUGUUUGUGAAGUACCUUCAGCUAACUGUGAAGGAAGGAACUUUUGCUGCUAAAAUAAUGAAGGUUAUUAAUUUUUAUCUUGUGUGUGCUCUGACGGUGACAUUGAAUAUUGUAAUGAAGAUGUUUGUUCCACACAAAGAAAAUGGGCACAUGCUGAAAUUCCUUGAAGUAAAAUUUGGACUAAAUAUGACUAAGAAUUUUACAAUGAAUUGGCUCCUGUGUCAAGAAUCCCUGCAGUCACCAUCUCAAGAAUUUUUUUUGCGAUUGACACAAUCUUCCUUAUUACCUUUCUAUAUAUUAGUGUUAAUUAUUUGUUUUCUUUCUAUGAUGCAAGUUAUUUUUAGGAGAAUUAAUGGUGAGUCCCUGAAAGAAACUGUUACUCUUGAAGAUGGACGAAUUGGAGAAAGGCCAGAAAUAAUUUAUCAUGUGAUUCACAGUAUUUUAUUGGGUUCUCUUGCAAUGAUUAUAGAAGGUUUGAAAUACCUCUGGACUCCUUACGUAUGCAUGCUGGCAGCAUUCGGUGUAUGUUCUCCUGAGCUUUGGACAACACUUUUCAAGUGGCUUCGAUUACGGACCGUGCACCCAGUACUGUUGGCUCUUAUUCUGAGCAUGGCUAUGCCCACUAUAAUAGGUCUCAGCUUAUGGAAGGAGUUUUUUCCAAAACUAAUGGCAGAAUUAACUGAACUACAAGAAUUCUAUGACCCAGAUACAGUGGAACUUAUGACCUGGAUAAAAAGGCAAGCUCCAGUUGCAGCUGUGUUUGCAGGGAGUCCACAGUUAAUGGGUGCAAUUAAAUUAUGCACUGGAUGGAUGGUAACAAGCUUGCCUCUUUACAAUGACGAUGAUCUUCUCAAGAGAAAUGAAAAUAUCUAUCAAAUCUAUUCAAAGCGAUCAGCUGAAGAUAUUUAUAAAAUACUGACAUCUUACAAAGCUAAUUACCUAAUUGUAGAGGAUGCCAUUUGCAAUGAGGUGGGAACCAUGCGAGGCUGUAGGGUUAAAGAUUUAUUAGACAUUGCGAAUGGCCAUGUGGUUUGUGAAGAGGAUGAUGACAAGUUAACCUACUCAAAAUAUGGGCGAUUUUGUCAUGAGGUCAAAAUUAACUAUUCUCCAUACGUGAAUUAUUUCACUAGAGUAUACUGGAACAGAUCCUACUUUGUAUAUAAAAUCAACACUGUGAUAUCCUUUCAGUCUUGAAAAUAGCAGAGCCCUCAUUUCAAAGACUUGCACCAUCUAAAGUAAAACGUGACUUUCUUCUACCAGUGUGGUAUGCUUUCGGAAGUCAGAGCAUGGACAUUUGAAGUGCUGCUACUGCCACUGCUUUCCCCGCCCCCGCCAUUAAUGGGAUCCAGAGUUCUGAGGGGAGUGGAAGGUCACACCUUACUGUCCUUCGGUAAAAUGUCAGACCGCACUGCUCUGCGUCAUUCCAGCCAGGUAUUUUCUUACUGUUAUAUGGUCUUUAAAGAUUUCUCCUUCUAAACUAUCGUAAAAAUUUCCUUAUACAUCUUCACUUUAUCAUGCUAUUGAUCUUGAAUUUGAAUGUGUUCAAGGUCUCAGUAUAUUUCUCAAGCAUAACAUUUAAUAUACACUUAAUGUGAUAUAAUUAUAGAGGAGAGAAUUAUUCUUACCCUCAAGGCAGUUUCUAAAGGUAGUUUAUUAUGGCUUAUAACAGAACAGAAAUGUUAACAAUAAAAAACUAAUUUAAAUGUUAGGUGAAAACGUGUGGCAUUUAAAUUAAAAUGGAAAUGAUAUAAAAGAAAGUGAUUUCUAAGGAUAUAUAUAAAAAUAUAUCCAGAUUUUCCAUGAUACUGUUUUCAUUGUCUAAAUGCUUAUAUAAGUGAGCACUUUCUUAGUAAUAUAUAGUACAUGAUAAUGCAUUUUAUUAUUUUAUGACUAUUAAGUAGUUACUUCUUGUUACUUACGCUCAUAAAUUUGAUACCAAUUUAAUCAUUAUAAAACAGUAACUCUUGUUAUCUAUAUAUUUUUUAAAACAGACAUUUACAAGAAUGUUCAGGUUUUUAAAAAAUAUGGAUAUAGAGCCUUGGCUGGUGAGGCUUGGUGCACUGAGUGCCUUGCUUGUAAACCAAAGGGUCACUUGAUUCAAUCAAUUCCUGGUCAGGGCACAUGCCUGGGUUGUGGGCCAGAUUCCCAGUAGGAACCACACAUCGAUUGAUGUUUCUCUCCCUCUCUUCCUCCCUCCCUCUCUCUAAAGAUAAACAAAUGAAAUAUUUUUUAAAAAUAUAUUAAAAUAUGGAUAUGGACUAUACAGUAUUCACAUGAUUUCUACUGAAAAUUAGGUUAAAAAAUCUUUAGCAAAAUGAAUACAUGUACACUAAAAUGAGCAACAAUUUCUGGAGAUAUGUGUAGAUGCUGUUCAACAUACCUCUGCGUACAGGUGUAUUUAUUAUUAAAACAAGUGCUAUUAUUUAUGAAAGUAUGAUACAGUCUUCAACAUAAAGAACAAAAUAACAGUUAUAAUAAAAUUCACAGCACAGUUUCACAGGCUAAAUGCUGUGUUCCUUUAAGUUAAAUGUUUUCAUAUUUUUUAUCAUUUAUUAAAAGAAAAUCUAAAAUGAUUUUUUUGGCUUUAUAAACAUUCUGGAUAUAUAUGCCCCUUUAAUAAGAUGGUGUGCAUGUUUAGUUUUAUAUAUCUGUUUAGUGAAUGGGUUUUCAAAAUUUUCACUUUUUAGAGCCUGUAAAAAUUGCAGUUUUGCUACACUACACUAGAAGGGAGCAUCAUUCCAUUAUCUUUAUUUUCUGUAACAUAUUUAAAAGUACAGAAGCACAUUCAUUCUUAGAUUAGCUCUAGGUUGCUUUGCCCUUUCGGAGCUUAAGAAUUGUGUGACGGCUGCGUCAUAUAAUCAUGUAUCUGGGGCAAUACUUUAAUUGGUUUUCAUUUCAUGCUUUUAGGUAACUUUUUAACAACUCUAUUAAGAUAGCUGUAGGCAGGAUAUUUCAAGUUCUCUGUACAUCUUAAUAAUGAGUCACUAAUAUUUAGCUUGAAGCCUUAUGAAAAUAUUAUCAUAGUUACCUAAGUACAUAGUGAAUAGUCACAUGGUAAUACUUAUGAGUAGAGCAUGUAAAACCUUGUGAUUGAAAAGUCAGCUUGCAUGUUCCUUGGGGAAUCGAACAGCCUGUUUUCUACUAUGAAAUAUUUAAUUAAUUUUUAUUGAUUUACAUUAUGAUCAAAGAUACUGAAUUAUUAGUUUGUUGUAUGUUUUUUGUUUUAUUUUUGUUCUUGGCACAUUAGUUGCUUUUGCUUCUGUCAACUUGUUAAAUAAAAUAGAUUUGGAGAAACUUUUAAAUGAAUUUUCUAAAUAAUGAAUUUUUCAUUCACCAUCAUUUGAAAAAGAAUUGUGAGCUUUAACAUAGAAAUAAUAAUACUGGAUGUGAGACAUAAUAUUAUUUGUUUCUAUUUUAACUUUAGUUAAAACAAUAGGACUAGAAAACUUUGAUGCAGGAGCACUUAAUUAACUUCUUUAUAGAGUAACAAAUGAUUAAGAAGUCUGCAAGUAAUUCUACUUGUAUAACUUACAAGUUGUUAGGUUUGACAAUAAAGACCUAUGUAAGGAGCAACUUUAUGGUUUUUGUGUGGAAGGAAUUUCUUGAAGAAUACAGAGCAUAUUAUGCCCUUGCUAUUGCAAAAUCAUUGAAUAAGUGCCUUAGCUUCUUCAUUUCAAAGUUUACUUUCUAUUUUCCAGAAAGUAUUAUCCAUUUCUUUCUUUCCCAUAGGAAAAUCAUGGUAACUUUUUUCUCAUGGAUAAGCACAAGAGAGUCCUAAGCUAUUUUUACUAAUGAACAAAUCUUUAUUAUGGUAGCAGUGGGAUUUUUAGCUUGCUAUAUUCAUUUAUUUAGCUCCCAAAUGCCAAACAGGCCAACAAAUAAAACUUACCUGAUAAGGUAUGUGAUAAAGUAUGUGCUGGUUUAUAUUUUUUCUAUCUUUUGUCAUCUGUAUCUUGGUGCUUUUUGUUAGACUGUUUGGUUUUACAACCUAGGGAGUAUGCAUUGUCCUUCAGAAUGUUUUUCUUUAUUACCUUGUACAUACAGAUGGCAUGUUUUUUCAGGAUAUUAACCCAAAUCACCAAUUGCCCGUAUGUUGUUACUCUUCUGCAUAGUCCAGAAUGACUCCAGGAAAAGCAGAAAUGGAGGUCAAAGUGUGUUACAAGUUAGGGCUGAAAAAUAUGCUGUAAAAACUAUGAAUUUCUUGAUGGGCACAGUAAAUAGCCAUCUAAUUAAACUGUUUUGUUUCUUAUAAACUCUUUUGGCCCUUUCUAUUUUGAACUGUUAAAAUAUUUUGAUGUCUUUUAUGUCUUUUAUGAUGUCUCUCUUUAUAAAAUUGUAGGGUUUCUAAAAGUUGUAUGUCACUUGAUUUUUUGGUGUGUUUAUUUGAAAUGUGUUAAUAUUUAAAGGGCAUAUGUUAUGAAUUAUUCUGUAUAAUUAAGAACCUUUUGUAAAACAAAUAACUACUUCCUGAUUUAUACUUCAAAAUAUUCUCUCUUUAUUUGUCCAGUUUUUAAAAUAGUUUUUGCUAUUUGCUAACAGUUUUAGAUGCCAAUAUGUCUUAAAAUUAAAGCUCUGAAAAAUUGCAAGUAAAAUGGAACAAUUAUUGAAACAAUAGCUCAUUAUUAAGUUUUUUAAUGUGUAAACAAUUUAAAUAAUUAGAUGUGAAAAUUAAAAAAGAAUAUAUUUGAUUUGACUAUGUUUCAUCCAUCAAGGUUUCUAAACAUUAAACUUCUUUUUCAUGAUAAAAAGGGCAUUGUAGAACAACAUUUGCUGGAUUUAGUGUCAAGAAAUCUUUGAAUCAUUUCUGUUUAUGAGUUUUUUAGAAUUUGCAAUAUUUUAAGCUUGGCAUAUAUAAUAAUCCUGUGUGCAGUUCUAUAAGAAUAUCUGACCAUUGUAUUUAGUGGCAUAAUAGUAUCAGAAAGAAACAUGCAUUCCAACCUGAUAGUUUGAAAUAUUUCCUAAAGAAUCCUUUCAUUUUUUGUGAAUAGCUUUAUACAGCUGUUUAACAAAGAUGAAUACAACUGAUAUCAUGUAUGUUGACUUCUGAAUCUUAUCUAUGACAAUGAACAUUUAGAUUAAAUGUAUUCCUCCUGUAAGGUUAUAUCUUUGCAAAAGAAUAAAAGAUAAUUUCAAUAAAAUAUAAAUUAUUUAAAAGAGUUGAGAUACCAACUAGUUUACUUCACAUAUUUGUAAUGUGUACCUAUUAUCAAGAAUGAAAUUAUUUCAUGCUUAAUUACACUCCUUGUUAUAUUUCCAAAGUAAAAUUCUUUAAAAAAAUUUAAAGUUAUUUUCAUUUAUAUAUAGACUGUUUUUGUUACAUCUUUAUUGAGAUAUAAUUUACAUACCAUACUGUGCACCCAUUUAAAGUGUACAGUUGCACAGUUUUUAGUAUAUUCACAGAGUUGUGCAAUUACACAACAAACAAUUUUAGAACAUUUUUAUCACCUUAAAAAGAAGCUGCAUACCUUGUGGCUGUCACCCUCAACCACGCCAUUCUUGGACAAUUCCUAUCAGUAGACUUCCUGUCUCUGCAGUUGCCUAUUCUGGACAUUUCAUGUAAAUGAAAUCAUAUGAUAUUUUGUAUACUUGGUCUUUUGUGACUGGUUUCUUUCAUUUAGCAUAAUGUUUUCAAAGUUCAUUCAUGUUGUAUGUAUCCUUUCUUAUAUCCAAAUAAUACUUCAUUUUAUGGGUAUACCAUGGUUUAUUUGUCCAUUCAUCAAUGUUUGGGUUAUUUUUACUUUUUGGCUAUUAUAUUGCUAUAAUGCUGCUAUGAACAUUCGUGUAUAAGUUUUUGGGUGGAUAUACGUUUUCAUUUUCCUUGGGUAUAUGUCUAGGAGUAGAAUUUCUGGGUCAUAUGAUAACUGUGGUAACUAUUUGAGAAGCUUCCAGACCACUUUUGAAAGUGCCUGUACCAUUUUAUAAUCCCUACAACAGGAAUGAGGUUUCCAAUCUCCUCACACCCUCACCAACACUUGCUAUUAUCUUUUUUCUUGAGUAUAGCCAUCCUGGUAGGUGUGCAGUGGUACAUCACUGUGCUUUUAAUCCCCAUUUCCAUCAUGACAAAUGAUGUUGAGCAUCAUUUUGUGUGCUUAAUGGUCAUUUAUAUAUCUUCUUUGGAGUAAUGUUCAUUCACAUUGUUUGCCCAUUAAGUGUAUUUCCUUUACUUCCUUGAUGUGUCCUUUGAAACACAGAUGCUUUUAAUUUUGAUUGUGUUGUUACUCACAUUCGAUGUUACCAAUAAAGUAUUUUU